AUGUUGACUCCAGAUAGCGAUCACGACGUUCCUAAGUCGGCUGUGUCUUCUCCUGAAGAGCACUACUCUCCAAAAGAUCUCAAGUACUAUAAUGGCCAUCUUAACAAGGCUCAGUUUAACUUGAUCUUAAUCAACUGUUCCCUCAACCUCCUCAAACUCAUCUACAAGGACUUUGAUGCGGCCAAGUUGCGGUACUUCAUCGUGGAGGUCUUGAGACGCUCCAAGACAACCACACAGUCAUUGCAAAUCUGUUGCUACUACUUCUAUCGCAUUUUGAGAGGCGAGCAGAAGAACAUUCCUUCAUGUCCCAAAAAGUUGUUCUUGGGCAUGAUCAUCUUGUCCUCUAAAUUCAAUCAGGACCACAACUAUUCUUUUAAAACUUGGUUGAAGAUUUGCGGAUGCAAGGAGGAUGAUGACACAUGUACUAUAAACUUGAAGAAGUUGAAGCAGGUCGAGAUCCAAUGCCUUGAGCUUCUCGACUACAACCUCUACAUCAACACUUCCAAGUAUGAGAACUGGUGCAACGUGCUCUUGAUUUUCGGGUACGAUUUCAUUUCCUUGCACCAGGUAUCUCUUGGCGUGAUGACGUGGUGUAAUGACCAGGAGAGCACCUUAAAAUUGGACCGGUGGAACAAAUUCUUGCUGCGUAUGGAUGACAAGCAAUUGUGCGAGGCAAGAGUUGACUUCAAACACUACUACGCCAAUCUUAUCGGCAAUAAGGUCGUGACCACCGCGCCUUCUAAAAUUGACUCUUUAUUUGGCAAGAGAUCCUUCGAGUCUUCUGAACAUCUUGAGGUCAAGAGAGUCUGCUAG